GCCGCCUGUCACUCGGCGCAACUGACUGAGCCGGAGCUCGCCUGCAGGGACGCCGCUUUAUAAAGAGCUAAAUUUACCAAAGUGCACGUUGCUUCCUGAGCUCUCACAAUUGGCCGAGCGCGUUCGGGCCGCAGCGUUAUAAGGGUCGGAGGACCUCCUACCACUUUUAAAACCUUCCAUGUCUUUCGGAGCGCAGCAGCAGAGGAAGCGCAGACGGUGAAACGGGCGCACACGCACACGCACAGGCGCACAAGAGUCCGGCCGCCGCUUCAACACUGCCACUUUUUUGACCCGAGAUCAUCCACGCGUGAUCCCCUCGCCACACGAUGGCCUUGACUGGAGUGAUGCUGCCGUCGUUCUCGACCUUCUCCAACCAGAGAGAGAAGCCCUGGGAAAACAGGUGGAAAGGAGAGAUGGACAAACUGGUCUCCAGCAGCUGCUCGAUGCUUGAAAUGGUGCACAGCCUGGACAGUCACAUGAAGAAGGACGACGAGGAUCUGAGCAAUUACCUGGAUCUGGAUUUUAUUCUCGCCAACACCACCGGCGCAGACGGCGUGCACGCGGAAUACGCGUGCGGCGCUGAGCCCAACAUGUACUCAACAGGCGGCGGGAGCUCGGUGCCAUCCUACCCGGGAGGAGACGACCACCGCUCCCCGCCGCCCCCGUACGGCGCCAGCCUCAUGACCGAGCUGCUCCGCUCCGAGGGAACCAGCGGCGGCGGCGGCGGCAACAACAACAACAACAACAACAACAACAACAACAACUAUGGCAUUACGCGCAACCCGGGCGCUCAGGGGAGAUUUUACGCGAGCGCCGCGCCUUUCCCCCGCACCACCAUCAAAGUGGAGCCGUCCAUGGACAGUUACGGCCCCGUCGUGGGCAUGGUGCCGCAGAGCUGCAGCAAAAUCAAGCAGGAGGGGAACGUGUCGUGCAUGAUGUCCUUCGAGCAGCCCCGCGUGGCCAUCUCCCCGCGGGCGGCCAGCAGCAUGACGCCGCCCCUCAGCCCCGACGACCAGGGAGCGUCGGAGUGCCAGGCGCAGCUGUGCCAGCCCAUGAACUUCCAGCAGAAGUACCACACGCCGGCGGCUUUCUCGCACCACCACCACCACCACCACCAUCACCACCACCCGCAGGCGCCCCACGCGCCGAUGCCCUACCACGCACCGCCGCACACCGCCUUCGGCAUGUACGACGAGGGCCUGAGCCUGCAGCCGGGCGCGCAGAGGGUGAUGCUCACGCCGCCCUCGUCUCCCCUCGACCUGCUGGAGUCCAAGCCCAAGAGGGGCCGGCGCACGUGGCCGCGGAAGCGCACGGCCACGCACACUUGCACCUUCGCCGGCUGCGGCAAAACGUACACCAAGAGCUCCCACCUGAAGGCGCAUCUGCGAACUCACACCGGUGAGAAGCCGUACCACUGCAGCUGGGAAGGCUGUGGAUGGAAAUUCGCCCGCUCCGACGAGCUGACCCGUCAUUUCCGAAAGCACACGGGACACAGGCCCUUCCAGUGCCACCUGUGCGAGCGCGCCUUCUCCAGGUCCGACCACCUGGCCCUGCACAUGAAGAGACACAUGUGAGGAGGGGGGGGGGCUCCCCUCAGAAGGACUUGGGGUUCAUGGGGGGGGGGGGUUGUAUUAUUUUAUUGUGAUUCAACUGAUGUUAUUCUUUUAUUUAAAAAAAAAAAAGUCCUACACACGACCAAAGCCUUGUUUUUAUAUAAUAUUGAAUUUCUGAAGAAAAGAAAAAAAAAGUUUUAGUGUUGUUAUUUUUUUUUUCUUCUUUUUUUUCUCCUCAUGAUGUAGCUGGUACUACUUUGGUUCUUUGAAAGCUUUAGAAAAGCUUUGCUUGCUUUCGAGCAGGCAGACCAAGAAGGGGCUGGCCCUGUACAUACUACUCUUUCCUCGACAGAACUGGAAUGCGGUGUUUGACACAAGUGCCUUUCUUCGACUGUGCUACUGUAAAACUCUUAGGUGACAGAAAGACAUGGCCACAAAAUAGUGCAUGUCCCCGUCGACCGGAGUGAAUAUGCACACACAGUUGCCUAAACGUGUGCAAAGACAAUGUUUUAUUCAAACUGCCUCACCUGUCUGAACGGCCCUGAUUACUGUUUUUAUUUUAUUUUAUUUUUUGCUUCUUCCUGUCUGGAGUUGUUGUCGUCUCCUCUGGUGUGAAACUCUCGGAUCCAGCCCCCUCUGUACACUAUCAGGGCUUGAUGUCCUGUGCAUUAUUUUUUACUUAAAUUUAUAUGAGUAUGUAAAUGGAUUUUAUACUGUCAAAUGUGUAUUUAUUGUAAAUAUUAAAAUCAAUGAAAUUGAA